AUGAGUUCUGAAUUGGCAUUUGACGGCGAAUUGCCUCUUCGGUUGCCUUUGAAGGCCUGUAGUGCGCUGGAAUCUUAUCCCGGCCUUUUGGAGCGCAGAAAUCGGUGUAUUGCUGCUAUUGGUCAAGAUACAGGGCGGUCUGGUGACUGGUUGGGAAGGAUUGAUGAAUUGCUGGGGUAUGCGGGAGCCCUGCUUAGUAUAGACGAUGAGCUGGAAGUGGAAUUGAGUGCCGAAGUGGCGAUCGCUAUUCUUGAUGCGGCUGCGUUCGAGCAGGAGUUGGCUUUAGAAGUACUGGAAAGAGCAUAUGGAUCAGAUGUGGCAGAUGCAGGUUGGGGAACUAGUGGGAGGUGUUUGAGAAGAGGUUUGGGACUUGUGCAGUAUGUGGAGUUGCGGUUUGAGCAAUGCUUGCCGCGAUUGUGCGGACUCACCACUCAAUUGGCUCUCGAGUUUCAAUUCUUGCAACAGGCUGGAAUCGUUGUGCUGUCGUUGUCGAAAUUGAGGUCAAAGGUGUAUAAGGGCCGACGGGAAGCUGUGCUGGAUUUUUAUGAGCAGGAUCUCUCGGAGCUGGCCUCGAAUAGUGGGUUGUACGCACGACUGGUCAUCGGUUGCCACGAUACUGCACUAAGAUGCUCUCGGAGCAGUAGUAUCAUCAAUAAGCCUGUGCUUACGUAUCUGGAUAGUUUGGGGUUACUGCUGGUUUCGCUCGAGCAGUAUUCUAAUGACGCCAGUGGUGUUGCUCUUGGAAUGAUUCAAUUGGCUAUAUCUCGGUUGAACAAAAUUGUACCGUCAUCGCAGUUGAAUGACUCGAUACUGACUAAGAAGAAGAAGAGAGAUUUCCUUAAGAAUGCAAUUAGUACAAAAAGCAGAAAAUGGACUCGUAAGAAGGUCGAACUUUUGCCCGUUUUACAAGAGACUUUGGACGAUUUUGUAAUCCCACUGGCGUUGCUCUUACGUUAUAGGUUUACACAGACAAACGAGAAACUGUCGUAUCAGCCGAUCGAGACUGACGAGACCGUGCUCAGGAAAUUAAUUCCUCGCGGUAAGGCCCCGGAGUUGAAGGGAUCUCAAUGGUACUUAAACCUUAACGAGCAAAGUUUGCAGCAAGAAACUCCGUCUCAAGGCGCUUAUUACUGA